AAACUGCGAAACCAAUGAAAUCUUUCGUUCGUUAAAGCAGUCGGUCGCCGUGUACGGUAUGUAAAGAAGGAGGAGGAGAGGUAAGGUGUUAGCGUUGCUUUACCUCCCCCUCUCUCUAAUCGCAUUUACGUACACACACACACACAGAUAUAUACACAGAGCAGCACGAGACAGCAAUAUGUGUUUUAUAUACACUCUCUCUCUUCCAUGUGUCUCUACUGAGAGGCACGGGUGCACGUAAAUACGCACAUAGUGUUAGUUUAAUCUAACCCCCGCCUCUCUAAUUCUGUUGUUGUUUUGCCAACAGACAAGCAGGAAAGCAAAAAAAAAAAAAAAGAAAAGGUGAAGAAACCUAAAAGACACACUCAUGUAUGGGGGAAGUGAAAUAAGUAAGAAGGCUAUUUAAACGUUUGAAUAAUGGCAGUAUCAUCUGCACCACCGCCGACUUUGAACAGUAAGAAGAAGAAGAAAAAGAGGAGGGCAACCGUGUGUACAAUAAAUAAAUGACUACACAGCUCCCUUUCUCUCAUUGCAGGGCCUCUUCGCCACUGUCUUGUUUAUGAUUUCCACUGGUACUCGCUAAUGAGGGAAAAAGGAACCACGCAAACAUAAUCCCUCCGAAAACGAAGUCUCAAGAUGUCAGAUAUGAAAUAAACAGUUUUAAAACUUCAACCGAAGAGAAAGAAGCGAAGUUUAUUUCAUUAUUUUUCUUAUUUAUGCGAAAUACGCCUGGGCGAGUUGUGAAGCCAUUGACAGACUUAAUACUGCUGUCAACAUUAAGAGAAGCCAAGUGGUUGAAGGGUGGCAGAAAGUAGAUGAACAAGUUUUGGUCAACCCUAUGACUUGUGGCUAAUUGAAUUGACCAGGUCACUUGAUUCAAUGCACUAUGGAUAAACCUAGCAUCUCUAGAAAGGUCCUUCGCUCUCCUAACCUACGACGGAAGAAAAAUACCGUCCCUGUCGACCAAAGGGUUACAUUGGAGAAAGUAUUAGGAUUAACCAUUAGUUCAACGGCAGGAUUGACAUGUGACCCAAAUACUGGAGCUAUUGCCUACCCUGCAGGCUGUGUUAUCACCAUCUUCUAUCCACGUCGCAACAAGCAAUCUCACAUUUUCAAUGCUUCCAAGAAAACCAUUACUGCAGUUGCUUUUUCUGGAGAUGGCAAACAUCUUGUUAGUGGAGAGAGUGGUCAUCAGCCUGCAGUCAGAGUCUGGGAUGUUGAAGAGAAGGUUCAAAUUGCCCAGUUUCAUGGACAUAAGUUUGGCAUCAACUGUGUGGCUUACUCUCCAAAUAUGAAAUAUAUUGUUUCAAUGGGAACUCAGCAUGAUAUGAUUGUAAAUGUCUGGAAUUGGAAAACUAACAACAAAGUAGCAUCAAAUAAAAUAUCUUCCAAGGUCAGUGCCGUAGCGUUCUCUUCUGAUGGAAGCUAUUUUGUAACGGUUGGAAGUAGACACGUGAAGUUUUGGUAUAUGGCCAGCAGCAAUUCAAAGAUAAAUGAAACAGUUCCAUUAAUGGGCCGUUCAGGAAUUCUUGGUGAACAGAAAAACAAUUUCUUCAAGGAUGUGGCCUGUGGUAAAGGUGCUAUGUCUGCCUAUACUUACACAAUAACACAGUCGGGCUUGCUUUGUGAGUUCAAUGAGAAACGUUUGCUUGAAAAAUGGGUUGAGUUACGGGUGAGUAUUCACAUUCCACCAUAUAAAUUAUCUUUAGCAUGCGGAACGAAAAAACAAUGUUGUCUUAAUGUGUCAUUUCUCAUUCUAAAUUUCAGCCAAGUGUGUCCGAAGACAGAUGCUCUUUAUCCUGAUUCUAUGGCUUUAACUUAUGAUGAUAUUAAUAAAAAGAUAACUUGUGUCUAUAGUGACCACAGUCUGUAUAUCUGGGAUGUUCAUGACAUAUAUAAAGUUGGUAAAAUAUGGUCUACAUUAUACCACUCAGGGUGUAUUUGGGAUCUAGAGAUAUAUCCAGCAGCAGAGAAAAAUAAAAAUACUUCAUGUCUUCCACCUGGUUCCUUUAUUACUUGUUCUAAUGAUGAUACAAUACGGGUUUGGAACAUCAGCCAGCAUAUUACAGAAUUGGGGCCUUACAGAAGAAACAUAUACAGCCAUGAACUCUUGAAGACAUAUUACACAGAUCCCUGUUAUUCUUUUCUCUGUGAUGGGGACUGCAAUACAGGUGCAGGAGCCGAAAAGUCUGAAGGAAAAGAGGGCAAAAAUGGUAUUCGGGCUAUUAAAAUCAGCCCAGAUGGUCAAUGUCUGGCUUCAGGUGAUCGGAUGGGAAAUGUUAGGAUCUAUGACUUGUCAGAGAUGAUAGAAACCAAAGCAAUUGAAGCACAUGAUGCUGAAGUGUUAUCUCUGGAAUAUUCUCCACUACACACAGAACCUCGACUGUUAGCAACAGCAAGCAGGGAUCGGUUAAUCCAUAUCUUUGAUGUUGAACAAGAUUAUGGACUGUUACAAACACUAGAUGACCAUUCCUCUUCCAUCACAGCAGUCAAGUUCACCAAAAAUGAUGGUCAGUUUCGAAUGCUAAGCUGUAGUGCUGAUAAAUCUCUCUUGUUUCGAAAUGCACAAUUGCAUCCAGAGUUUCAGUUUAAUCUUCAUCAGCAUCUUGUGGGGAAGACAACUCUGUACGAUAUGGACGUUGAUGCCGCAGAAAAGUUUGUAGCCACUGCUUGUCAAGACCGGAAUGUAAGGAUCUAUAAUAUCAAAUCAGCAAAGUUAAAGAAGAUUUAUAAAGGAUCUGUCAGUGAUGAUGGAGUACUUAUCAAAUUGCAGUUGGAUCCUUCAGGAACAUACAUAGCAACAAGUUGUUCAGAUAAAAAUUUAUCCCUUUUUGACUUCUACACUGGAGAGCUUGUAGCCAACUUCUAUGGACACUCUGAGAUUGCUACAUGUUUAAAAUUUACUAAUGAUCUCAAGCAUCUAAUUUCGGUGUCUGGAGAUGGUUGUAUAUUUGUCUGGCGUCUUUCACCCCAUUUAACAAAACAAAUGAUGAUGCGGAUGGAGGAAAAAGGUAACUUACCUAGAGAAAUUUUAAAUGGCACCUCCGUUUCUCUUCAAAGAUCUCUUGUCAACCCGGUGACACCUAUUAGACCAACUUCUCUCACGGAGAGAGACAGCAACGAAAUUUUCCCUUUGCAAAGAAAUUCUGACUUUGUAACUAGCAGCCCAUCCAAUGGACACGGUAAUAACAUUGCUCCUGUUUUUCUACAAGAAUCAAUAGGGAAGAAUGAUACUGUAGAAAUGACAUCAGGUGGAGGGUUUGGUACUGUUAUUAACCCAGCUAAUUAUCGUAUCAGUAUUGGACAGCUUCCUAGUUGGGCAAAGCUUAAGACUGACAACCAGGGUGUAAUAUCUGUAGAAGAACCUCAAAGCCCUACUCAACCACGUGGAAGAUGGGCUCAGAGAAUAGACAAUAAGUCUAUGAAGUCGGUACUGGAUAGCAACCAGAAUAUAAAUUCAUCAGAAAUGAAAGGAUACCGGCAAGUGGCUUAUAAUACAGAUAUUGUGUUUGAGGAAGAUAGCAGCCAGUCUCAAGUUGAUUCCCAGGUAGAUUCCCAGCUGCUUGCUCCCCAACCCAAGGCUACAUGCUCUGCUUCCUCCUCCUCCUACUAUGCUGCCGCUGCCACCACUGCUGCCUUAUCAAGUGUCAGGAACAACUCUAUCAUUAGCAUUGAUGACCACACAGAUUGUGCUGAUAUUGAAGAUGAUGAUGAUGAAGAUUUUAAGCCUGUGAAAACUAUUGAAUCUAAAUCAAUGACCUCUGGUGGAACAAACGACUCAAACAGCGAGAAAGAGGGUGACAACUUAAGCUUUGAUGAAGUAGAUGAAAUCGACAGUGCUAGUGACAACAGUGAUAUGAUUUAUAUGCCAAAUCACAGUGAUUUGGAGUCUCCUGAGAACAUACCCAGUAACUUCCAAGUGUUUGCACCAUCUAGUAGGUCUAUAUUCAUACCAAAUACCAAUAGAACCAGUUUGUCAAACAGCGCAACAGGUGAGUCUCAAGGUAAUGAUGAUGAUGGUGGUGAUGAUGAUGAAGACCUGGUUGAUGAAGGUGGCUCUUCCUUGUCCAAUGCCAACACACCAACAGACGUUGAAAGAGAAAUAAUGUGGAAGACGCCAGAAAAGAAAGAACAUAGAAUAUCAACUAUUCAAGCCUCCAUGUUGAAUUUGGUGACUUUUGUCAAAGAUAACUUUGAAAGUUUGAGUUUUUCUCCAUCGAACACCGACCACUUCCUACAGAAACUUGAUGUCCUUGAACAAGAAAUGCACGACCAUCUAAACAGCAGUACACCUCGACUCAGCAUAUCUGCACGAUUCUUAUCUCGAGCUCAACCAUCUGGAAUCAAAAACCUUGCUUUCUAUAAUAGUAUUCAAAGACAAGAUAACUGGUAUGAUCAUACUCCUACUCCUUCUUCACCUUCUCUGGUUCUGUCUAAUCACCAAUCACAUAUAUCAGUCCGUCAAAGCACACAGCCUUUGCAAAGAAGCAAAGAUAUCAUGGCUCGUGCUGCUUCUGAAACAAAAAAGAACUUGGAAGUAUUGGGAUGGAAAACUGAGUCAGCACCUUCACCAGAGAUCAAUACUAAAGAACCACUUGGAAAGUUUGACUUUGUUCCAGGGAAGCUCAACUUUAAUGAAAUUAGUCCUAAACGUACUCGGGAUAAAGAGGUAUUUGAACGUUUAAACAACCAUCGAGAGAGAACUUCAAGUGGAUCAAGUUCUAGUCGAAGUGGACAAGAAAAUAUUGGAAAGCCUGGAUCUGGGUGCCAAACCCCUACACGUCCUGUUCGCCGAAGUUGGUCAACAAUGGAUUUGACCCAAAGCUCGCCUGCUGAUAUAUCUGCUCAGCACUCUGGUCGCAUGCAAAGCCCGGUCAAACGGAGCACAUCACCAAAGCCUCUCUCCAAAUAUGUGAGUCUGUUUGAGUUACGUAUAGAUGAAAGUGAAGAAGACAUACCUCACUCACCGACCAGCAAGUCACUCAAGUCUAGGUUGUCAAUGGGUAACAAGAAAAAUAAAGCUGACCGUUACUCUAUAUCCACCAGUGAACCAAGCAAGUCUUCCUCUCAAACUCGCAGCCAGAGCUCAUAUAGCCAGCAAACAAAGAGCUCCAUGGCUAAAAUGAACAGACAGAGUUUAUAUGAAACCUCUUUCAGUAAGAAAGACAAAUCAUUGUCUAUAUAUUCCAAAGAUGGCCAAGAUGUAUCAAAAACUUUGAAAGAUCCUAAAAAGAAAAAAUAUAAAAAGAAUUUACUCUCUAAUAACAUGGUGCCAUGUUUGUCAGUUCCCAACCUUACGUGUAUAGACAAUGAUGAGACUCUGCCUGCUUCUAAUCUCCAGAUUUUAUGUGACUUAUCCCUUUCUCACAGUGUGCCUGAAGUUAACACAGUUGACGAUCAAGGUUCUCAAAGUAGCAGAACAUCUAGUGAUGCCCAGUCUACAGCAGCCAGAAACAUCAAUGAUGGGUUUUCUUCUGAAGCUAAGGAAAGUGCUUCACUUUCAGCAGCAUCCAAACGGCGAAUAACCAUUGGUUGUGCACCAGAUGAUACUAAGAAAGGGAUUAAAAGCUCUUCCGAUGCUGAUCUUAUGCCACCACCUCUGUCCACUACAUUAAAUUCACACCGGAAAGACACCAGCAAACGACCAAUUAAUCGAAAUCGUAGACCUCAACCUGAAUUAACGUUAGACCAAGCCAAAAAUAUCCUUUUGGGUAAGUCUGGUGUUCUUGGGAAAAAUUCUUACAAAGUGCCUGAGCGCAACAAAACUUCUACUGCUGCAGAAGAUUCUUUAAGUAAAGAAUCAGAUUUACAAGAAAGUACUAGAACAUCUAAUCUGACCAAUAAGCCUGACUCUACUGAACGCCGUUCCUCAACACCAGGUCUUAAUCUUGGACCUGACAGACCUCACAGCCCUGCUAUAUCUUCCAGAGCUAUAGCAUUAGGUUUACGAAGUCGGGAAAUAAAACCCAAAUCAUUUCUUGGAGACCUUGCACCAAGCCCCAAUGAUCCACCUGAAAGAGACAGCCCUUCUAAAUUAAUUUCCACUUCACCAUCUUUCCAGACAAAUAUGGGACCAAACAGUUUGGGAUCAAAAUAUCAAACUCCACCAUCAGUGUCUUCUCUUACUAUCCAUAAGGAUAGCGAGCCCAAAUGGACCAACUCACUAAGUUCUCGAAAAUCUAGUGGAUCAAAUUCAUUAUUAAAUACUUCAGAGUCAUCAUCAUCUGAUGCUAACAAACUUUUACCUAGUGUCAAAAGCAAAGUAGCCAUGUUUAAUGCUAGUUCCAAUACAACACGGCGACAGUCUCUUGAGAAAUAUUCAUCACCCAUGUUACGAUCUGUUGAAGGCUCUAGUACUUCUCAUGGCUCUGAUAGCGACACAGAGAAAGAAAUCAAACGGCCUGACAAAUCAAGAUCUCACUCCCCUGCCUCUCUUAUAACAAGCAGUCAUAUCAUCAGUAGGCCUGCUAAUGUUGCUCUUACAACACCAAUGGAAUCUGUUCCUGUGUCUCCAAAAUCAGAGAGUCCUCAGUUACAGUUGCCCUUAAAGAAUAGCCCCCAGUCUUGGGAUAUACCGUCUAAAGCUGUGCUAGUCUUAAACCAACUUCAGAAUGCUGAUCUUUCUGAUAAACUGGAGGCUUGCAAGGAUGUCAUAAAAGAUUUGAAACUGGAUGUUGAUAAAUUGUCACUGAUGUAUGAAAAGAUGUCAAACCCAGAACAAAGCUCCCAAGAGAUCUUGGCGUUGUUGAGUCAGGCUAUCCAGGAAACUGAACAGAAAAUGGCUGGACUUACUUCAAAAAUGUCUGUGAUGCCCGGAAAUAAACUCUCUACGAGAGAUAUCAGUACAUCCCCAAUUUUGUUUCCAGAGUCUCCUCUUCCUGGCACAGAAGCUAUUUCAUCUUCUGUUGAUGUAGCCACAGCUACAGCUGCUGUUUCAAUGGAUGAUAAGGCUGUGAAUACAUCUCCUACUGAACCGGAUAUAACAAUGGGCAGUGAUCAGACUGAGGUGGCUGCUGCCUUAGUCAAUCUCAUUGAGCAAAAGCUGGGCAGAAAUGUUCCAAGUGAAGUGCAAACGAUGCUGAGAAACUUUUUUCUGUCUUUUUUGCAAAUAGUGAUCUACAAAAAUAGUCACUGAAUGAGGCAGUAAUGAAACAUUUUGCUUCCACAUAUCAUGGUUGCUUCUGUGUUCAAUAUGGCUUCCAUUUCCCAGUUUUAUUUGCAACCAUAAACACAUACACACACACACACACUCCCACAGCUCAGCCUUCGCAUUUUAUAAAAUUGAAUUUUCACCCUCAUUAAAAUGUUUUGAUGUGUAGAGUAUUUUGUCAAACUUUAUUGAAUGUCACUAAAGAACCUAAAUGUGAAAAUUUAAUAAUAAUUAUUAUUAUCAAUUUAAAUGUAAUAAAACAUUCCACAGAAUGAUUAAAUUAUCCAUCCAUUAGGAAAGUUGUUAAAAAAAAAAUUAACAUCAAAAUUUCAUAGAUGCACACCCCAAAAACAAAAAAAAAAAAUAGAAAAAAAAUUUUAUCAUUCCAAAAUAUUUUCUUGUCAAUUUAAGAGCAAGAAAUACUGAAUGAAACAAAUAUUUUAUCAAAUUUGCCUUGUAAAUAAUUAAAACAACCAUUUUUUACUCAUUUCUUUGUUGUCAGUGAUUUUUACUUGAACAAGAGACACCAAAAUUCUAACAUUUUUCCCUGAAAUUCUACAAUUUCAGUGUUUGUUGUUUGUAGAGUUCAGUAACUCUUCUAUAACUUUAUUUUCAUUUGUAUUUAUUGCUGUCAAAUUAUUUACUUUUCUAUUUAUACAUACACAUAUGCAUAUGUGUGUAUAUGCACACAUAUAUAUGUAUGUAUAUAUGUACACACAUAUAUAUAUAUAUAUAUAUAUAAAAUACACACUAUGUGUGUUAAUUUUAUAUGUAUAGUUUUUUUUUUUUUUUUAUAUUAAAUACAUUUUAGUUCAGACAUUACUGGAAGAUUUUGUGGCAAAAUGGAGUAAAUGCUGUGAAGUAUCUUCUUCGCUGCUACUCUCUCUACCUUACUUCUAAUUUCAGUUAAUCAGCUUAGCCUUUCAUUCUUCCCAUUAACAACAAUAAUGUACUGAAGGUCAAGUUACUUAACCCCUUACAGUAAACAAAACAACGCAUUUUCAUAAUGGUGCUAUUAUACAAAUAACGAGCAGUUAUUCAUUUUAAUACAGCAGACACCAUGCACAUCCAUUUUCCUUUUUUCAAACCCUUUUAACAGGGACCACACACACACACACACAUCCAUUUUAUCCUUUUUAACCCCUUCCACUUCUUCCUACCUUUUAUUCAGAGAAGAAAAAGGAACAAGCCCACCUCAUUUGUAAAUGAAAAAAGAAAAUUAUAUCCUGACUGUUAUUAUUCAACUAUGAAACAAUGACUUAACAUUAAACAAUUUAAACACACAACAGUAAAUAUCCCAAAUAGACAUUUUCUGCAUAAAUUAUGGCCUUUGGUGAAAUAAAACCCAGUUUCAAAACAUCAGCUACCAAAGGAUACUCUGGUUGUGAAAAGGUGCUUCUGUCACACAUCAAUUAUAUAAUUUUUUCUAAAUACAUUAUUCAAUAGUAA